CUGCCCGCAGCUCCGCCGCCGCCAAGGACGGAGACGACGAAAGGGUUCUGGGGCGGAAUUGGUGUCUCUCGAGCAGCCCAGGCUCCAGGCGGGCACAGCCCAGAGCGGCUCUCGCUGCAGCAGCGCCUGGGGGGAAAUUGCGAGGCCCCGAGCGGCCCCGCUCCGGUCGAGCCUCAGAGCGCAAUCAGCAUCUGCUUUGGAAGGGAAGUGGUUUUUUCCGGCCUGGCCGCCCCCCCCCCCCCCGCCACCCCCCAGGCUCCGAGCCCAGUGCUGGCGCCAGCGAGUCGGAAGGAGCGCGGGGUCCCAGAGCAUCCCAGUGCCGGAGGGCUCUGCAUCCCAGUGCCCCGGGCCCGGGGAAGAGCAGCCCCGCAGGCAGGCUGGCCCUGCAGCCCCCGGCCCCUCUGCGGGCAGCCCGGCUGCGAGAAGGGCACUGCCAGGCCUGGCGGGGGAGCGGCGACCCCGGGGCUGCCGGGUCCGGCCUGGCGGCGUCAGGGUUGGGGCAGAGGGGGCCGGGCAAGGCGCGGCGGGGCGAGCUGAGCCGGGCGUGCUUCGGGCUGCGGAUGGCGGGGCCGUUCGAGGAGGUGGCCGUCUACUUCUCCCGCCAGGAGUGGGCAGAGCUGGCGGGCUGGCAGCGGCGGCUCUACCGGGAGGUGAUGCUGGACACCUACGGAAUGCUCGCCUCGCUGGGUUGGGCCGCCGUUAAGCCCGAGCUCAUCUGCAGGUUGGAGCGAGGAGAGACGCCGUGCGUGCCAGACCACCCCGGGGCGCGGCAGAGACACCACAGCCCUGUGCCGGGCGGGUCCCGGGAUUCCACUGGGGGCGUGGAGGGUUCCUCCAGCAGGAGUUCGGGGGAAUCAUCCCAAGGCGAACCAAGCGGGAACUGCAGAGACCCUCACCCUCCUCUUGGCCUGGCCCCCCAGCCGCGGGAGAAGACCCCCCUCACAUGCCCUGAGUGCAAUAAGAGCUUCAGGAGUUGGAGUGCACUGACCGCCCACAAGCACAUCCACACGGGUGAGCGCCCCUUCACCUGCACCGACUGCAGUAAGAGCUUCAUCUGGAAGAGCUACCUGAGAAGACACCAGCGCAUCCACACGGGUGAGCGCCCCUUUCACUGUGCUGACUGUGGAAAGAGCUUCACCUGGAAGCAUCACCUGAUUCCCCACCAGCGCAUCCACUCUGGUGAGCGCCCCUUCACCUGCACGGAGUGUGGCAAGAGCUUCAGCCAGAAGCAAGACCUGGUCAAGCAUCAGCGCAUCCACACUGGUGAACGUCCCUUCACCUGCACUGAGUGCAGUAAGAGCUUCAGGCAGAAGACCUCUCUGAGCAGACACCAGCGCACCCACACAAGCAAGUAGUCCUUCACCUGUGCCAAGUGCAGUGAGAGCUUCAGAUGGAAGGACUCUCUGACUGACCACCAGUGCAUCCACACCUGCCAGCGCCCCUUUGCCUGUGGCCACUGUGACCUCCGCUUCACAUGGAAGAAAUCCCUGGUCAUCCCUCAGCGCAUCCACACUAGCAAGAAGAGCGGCCGUGCCAAGGGCCACUCGACACUCACUGAGGGACUCAGUCCCACCUCGCCAAGAAGCACCCAGGAGUUUGCAAGAGGCGAAAUUGGCCCCCGGACCCCCUUUUGUUGGGGAGGAGGAAUUAAAGAACCCCCUGACCCGACGGUCACACUUCUGGCUGUAGGUCUUGUCACACUCGUCACACCUGUAGGGUUUCUCGCCGGUGUGGCUGUGCUGGUGCUGGAUCAGGUGUUCCUUCUGGCUGAAGCUCUUGCCACAGUUGGAACAGGCAAAGAGGCGCUCACCCAUGUGGAUGCACUGAUCAGACUUCUGGCUGUAGGCCUCGCUGCAAUCAUCACACUUGUAGGGUUUCUCGCCGGUGUGGAUGCGCUGGUGCUUGAUCAGGGCACCCUUCUGGCUGAAGCUCUUGCCGCAGGCAGCACAGGUGGAGGGCUGCUGACCAGUGUGGAUGCGCUGGUAAUUGAUCAGGGAAUGCCAGCCGCCCUCGGCACUGCCAGCACGGCCCGGUGCACUCGCUGGUGUUUCUGUUCCAGACUUCUGGCUGCAGGUCUGGCCACGCUUGUAGGGCUUCUCGCCGGUGUGGAUGCGCUGGUGUCUGGUCAGGGCACUCUUAAGGCUGAAGCUCUUGCCGCCAUCAGUGCAGGCAAAGGGGUGCUCUGCGAUGUGGAUGCACAGGUGGGUGAUGAGGUGGCCCUUCUGGCUGAAGCUCUUGCUGCAGUUGACACAGGAAAAGGGCUUCUCACCACUGUGGAUUCACUUACACUUGAGAAGGGAGAUGGUGUUGCUAAAGCUCUUCCCACAAUCAAUAAAGGCAAAGGAGCACUCAUCUGUGUGGAUGCGCUGGUGGUUGAUCAGGGAGUCCUUCUGGAGGAAGCUCUUGCUACACCUGGAGCAGUUGGAGCAGGUGAAGGGUCGCUCACCAGUGUGGAUGCGCUGGUGGAUGACCAAGUGUUGCUUUUGGCUGAAGUAGUGGUUGCAGUGGUUGCAGGCAAAGGGACGCUCGCCAGUGUGGAUGCGCUGGUGAAUGACAAGGUCACCCUUGCGGCUGAAGCUCUUGCCGCAGUCGGAGCAGGUGAAGGGUCGCUCACCAGUGUGGAUGCGCUGGUGAAUGACAAGGUUACCCUUGCGGCUGAAGCUCUUGCUGCAGAUGGAGCAGGUGAAGGGGCGCUCGCCAGUGUGGAUGCGCUGGUGAAUGACAAGGUUACCCUUGCGGCUGAAGCUCUUGCUGCAGACGGAGCAGGUGAAGGGGCGCUCGCCAGUGUGGAUGCGCUGGUGUUUGAUAAGGGAGCCCUUCUGCCUGAAGCUCUUGUUGCAGUCAGCGCAGAUGAAGGGGCGUUCCUUGGUGUGGAUGCGCCGGUGAGUGAGCAGGUGUUGCUUUUGGCUGAAUUUGUAACCACAGUCAACACAGGCAAAGGGGCGCUCGCCGGUGUGGAUGAGCUGGUGUUUGACCAGGUGUUUUUUCUGGAUGAAGUUCUUGCCGCAUUCAGGGCAGGCUCCGAGCCCAGUGCUGGCGCCAGCGAGUCGGAAGGAGCGCGGGGUCCCAGAGUAUCCCAGUCCCGGAGGGCUCUGCAUCCCAGUGCCCCGGGCCCGGGGAAGAGCAGCCCCGCAGGCAGGCUGGCCCUGCAGCCCCCGGCCCCUCUGCGGGCAGCCCGGCUGCGAGAAGGGCACUGCCAGGCCUGGCGGGGGAGCGGCGACCCCGGGGCUGCCGGGUCCGGCCUGGCGGCGUCAGGGUUGGGGCAGAGGGGGCCGGGCAAGGCGCGGCGGGGCGAGCUGAGCCGGGCGUGCUUCGGGCCCACCCACACCCCCAGCGCACCCACACAAGCAACGGAUGCCCGACACCCGCCCGGCACAGGGCUGCGGUGCCUCUGCCGCGCCCCGGGGGGGUCUGGCACGCACGGCGUCUCUCUCAAACUGCAGAUGAUCUCGGGCUUAACGGCGGCCCAACCUGUCCGGGGUACAGAGAGAAGCACCUUCACCCGCACGGCCGGGAUGGCAGCGCCGGCCCAGCACCCCCAGUACCGGCACCCCCCGUCCCAGCACACCCAGGCUGCAGGGCCAGCCUGCCUGCGGGGCUGCUCUUCCCCGGGCCCGGGGCACUGGGAUGCAGAGCCCUCCGGCACUGGGAUGCUCUGGGACCCCGCGCUCCUUCCGACUCGCUGGCGCCAGCACUGGGCUCGGAGCCUGGGGGGUUGCGUGGGGGUGGGGGGCGGCCAGGCCGGAAAAAACCACUUCCCUUCCAAAGCAGAUGCUGAUUGCGCUCUGAGGCUCGACCGGAGCGGGGCCGCUCGGGGCCUCGCAAUUUCCCCCCAGGCGCUGCUGCAGCGAGAGCCGCUCUGGGCUGUGCCCGCCUGGAGCCUGGGCUGCUCGAGAGACACCAAUUCCGCCCCAGAACCCUUUCGUCGUCUCCGUCCUUGUCGGCGGCGGAGCUGCGGGCAGAGGGGGUGUCGGGGGGCGAGGCGGGGGCUCCGGCCGUGCUUCGGGCUGCAGAUGGCGGGGCCGUUCGAGGAGGUGGCCGUCUACUUCUCCCGCCAGGAGUGGGCAGAGCUGGCGGGCUGGCAGCGGCGGCUCUACCGGGAGGUGAUGCUGGACACCUACGGAAUGCUCGCCUCGCUGGGCUGGGACACCGUUAAGCCCGAGCUCAUCUGCAAGCUGGAGCGAGGAGAGACGCCGUGCGUUCCAGACCCCCCCGGGGAGCAGCGGAGGCACCGCAGCCCUGUGCCGGGCGGGUCCCGGGGGUCCGUGGCAGCGGUGGGUUGUUCCAUCAGCGGAAGCUGGGGGGACUCGUCCCAAAGCCAGCUCAGAGGGACCUCGGCGAACCACUCAGGACAACCUCAGCUCUCCCCCAUGAUACCCCCCCAGCCUUUGCAGAAGCCACUCCCCACGUGUCCUGAGUGCAACAAGAGCUUCAGCACCCGGACUGCAUUGGCCAUCCACGAGCGGAGCCACACGGGCGAACGCCCCUUCACCUGCCCUGAAUGCGGCAAGAACUUCAUCCAGAAAAAACACCUGGUCAAACACCAGCGCAUCCACACCGGCGAGCGCCCCUUUGCCUGUGUUGACUGUGGUUACAAAUUCAGCCAAAAGCAACACCUGCUCACUCACCAGCGCACCCACACCAAGGAAAGCCCCUUCAUCUGUGCUGACUGCAACAAGAGCUUCAGCCAGAAGGGGUCCCUUAUCAAACACCAGCGCAUCCACACUGGCGAGCGACCCUUCACGUGCUCUGACUGCGUCAAGAGCUUCAGACGCAAGGGUGACCUUGUCAGCCACCAGCGCAUCCACACUGGCGAGCGUCCCUUUGCCUGCAACCACUGCAACGACUGCUUCAGCCAAAAGCGACACUUGGUCAAUCACCAGCGCAUCCACACGGGCGAGCGUCCCUUCAUCUGCACUGACUGUGGGAGGAGCUUCAGAGAGAAGGGGGCCCUGAUCAAGCACCAGCGCAUCCACACUGGUGAGCGUCCCUUUGCCUGCAACCACUGCAACCACUGCUUCAGCCAAAAGCAACACUUGGUCAGUCACCAGCGCAUCCACACGGGCGAGCGCCCCUUCACUUGUCCCAAUUGUGACCACCGCUUCAGCCGGAAGGAGCAUCUGGUCACUCACCAGCGCAUCCACACUGGCGAGCGACCCUUCACCUGCUCCGACUGCGGCAAGAGCUUCAGACGCAAGAGUGACCUUGUCAUCCACCAGCGCAUCCACACUGGCGAGCGACCCUUCACCUGCUCCGACUGCAGCAAGAGCUUCAGAGAGAAGGGGGCCCUGAUCAAGCACCAGCGCAUCCACUCCACUGACCCCCUUCGCUGCUCCAACUGUGACAAGAACUUCAUCUGGAAGUGUGACCUGACGAAUCACCGGUGUGUACACACUGCUGAGCGCUUCUUUGCCUGCGUCCACGGUUACCACCACUUCAGCCCUCACCUCCACUCUGGCCCAGCCCCCUGGUUGCUGGAGAAGACCCUCUCCAUGUUCCUUGAGUGCAAGAAGAGCUUUAGGAACCAGACUGCACUGGCCAUCCAUGAACAGAGCCACACGGGUGAGUGGUCCUUCACCUGCUCCAGGUGUAGCAAGAGCUUCCUCCAGAAGGACUCCCUGAUCAACCACCAGCGCAUCCACACAGGUGAAUGCCCCUUUGCCUUUAUUGACUGUGGGAAGAGCUUUAGCAACACCAUCUCCCUUCUCAAGUGUAAGUGAAUCCACAGUGGUGAGAAGCCCUUUUCCUGUGUCAACUGCAGCAAGAGCUUCAGCCAGAAGGGCCACCUCAUCACCCACCUGUGCAUCCACAUCGCAGAGCACCCCUUUGCCUGCACUGAUGGUGGCAAGAGCUUCAGCCUUAAGAGUGCCCUGACCAGACACCAGCGCAUCCACACCGGCGAGAAGCCCUACAAGCGUGGCCAGACCUGCAGCCAGAAGUCUGGAACAGAAACACCAGCUGUCGGAGUGGGAGGUGGACCCGGAGUAACGAUGGAGUCUCAAUACGAGUAUGAUGGUUCUCAUUUAUUCAUACACCUUACACUUCUUAUAUACUUAUCCUAAUAACGCACGCGCUAAUAAAACAAAUCCUAAUUGGUUAUGCCCCUCUGUUCACGCGCCUUGUGCUGUCACGCAACUGGCCAGACGCUCUUGAGCACUCGAAAGGGGCAGAUACAAAGUUUUCAUCACGACUCUUCGGGACUUUCCCACGCUGGAUUCCACAUUCUUGUAUUCUACUCCCUUUUAUCUUAUCUCAAGGUCAGGCCUAGCUACAGACAGCAAACCCUGGAUUGUUCACUGCUAUUAAAUCAUGCCCUCGUUCACCGAGCCAUUCUUCCACAAUUCCCCCUUUUUGUUUUGAACAAGCCAGGGUUCAUUUGUUAUUCGUGAUAGCAUUUUUCUUAGACAUAACCUUACACAACUGAAAAGAACUAAUUCUACAAGUAUAAAAAUUAAUCCCAUUUUUAAUACGCUCCUAAGCCAACCAGUCAAUCCUAACCAGUUGCAUAAUCCAUCCAAACCAAAAGAAAAACCUAGGUCAAAAUGGUCACAGCCAUGACCAUGCGCCAAUAACAAAAAAAGAAGAAGAAAUCUAUUGCUGCUCUGUUCUGUGAAACAGUAUGCUGCACGG